AGUAUCCAACAAACAAAUAAGCUUAUCCACUCUGUUUCCCUCUGUUGCUCUGCUUCAUUACACCAUGGCUUGUUUACAUCUCCACAUCCUGUGUGCCCCAAACCCCCUUCUUCUUCUUCCUCAAUCUCAGCCCACUUUCACAAACCCAUUACAAAUUACACCCAAACGCCGCCUCUCACUCAAAUGCAGCUCAGAAUCCUCCGAAUCCGACCCCAAUUUCCCAUCCCCAGAUCCCGACUUCGGCGCCCUAAACCAACCAGAGAGCUUCCCAGUCGAGAAGCGGAGGAGAUCCGAAAUAGUCCGCCAAAGAAGACCCUCAAAGGAAAUCGUGAAGCCGGAGCCACCCAACUUCGAAAUUGGGUGGAAGAGGACCAAAGAGAUCAAUUUGGAGAAGCCGGUGGGGUGGAUGAUAAUGGACUUUCUGGAGAAGCUGGAAGAGCUAAUGGAGAGGGAGUUUGGGUCGACGGAGUUGCUUGCCAAAGUGGGAGAGAUUGUAGCGGAGAGGGCGAGAGAGGAGGCGGAGAUCUUGCUAGACGACGGCAAAGUGGAGGACAGAAUGGUUACAGAGCUGUUUAGGGUGUUGAAGUUGAUGGAGAUGGAUUUGGCUAUGGUCAAGGCGGCUGUCCAAGAUGAGACCUUGACUCAGCGCCUUGCUCAGGCCAAAGCAAGGUGCAGGCAAGCUAUACUUGUUGCUAAUUCUUUCUGAAUAAUACCGCUUCAUUCUUUGUGUGGCUUUAGUUUA